AUGAUGUGCACGAAGAGACAUACUGAGGCACGAUUUUUGGUUUUCGUUGUACUUAUUGCAAUUAUUGCAUUUGCCUUACAAACAACUUGUGUUAAUGCAACGAUAUAUCAGUAUCCAUCUCGAUUCACGUUAUCCGAGUUUCCUGUCAAUCGAAUAUCUCUGCGAGUUCAAUCCUGUUCCAAAUGGAACCGUACCGGUGAGACAAUUGUUGGAAAUGAACUGAAUACAUAUCUCAACGACUUGGAAAGUAUCUCUAUGAUCGGUAUUGAUCGGCUGUACGUUGUUGAUCGAUAUGAUGGUAGAACACGAUUACAAAUAUUUCCACACGGUUCUUUUGUUGGUCAUACAGUUUGGGACGGACUUGAUACUAUUGUCUUUAUUGAUGAGAAUGGAACAUUUUACACAAGUUCUUCUGACGGAAAUAUCAAACGAUGGAAAGAAAAUGCAACACAAGGAGAAGAAACUAAUUGCAAAUGCGAUCACUAUUCUCGUAUAUGGUUUGAUCAAGAAAACCAAGACUUUUACAUCGUUGAACGCUAUCGUUCUCGAAUCAUCAAAUGUAAUGUUGAUACAAAUGUCACGGUCACGGUAGCUGGAAUAACAGAUGUAGAUGGACUAUCUAAUCAAACAUUAUCUUAUCCGUAUGCAUUGUAUGUCAAUAGUUUAAAAGAUCUCUAUAUUGCUGAUGUGAAUAACCAUCGAAUACAGAAAUAUUCAGGAAAUGCAACGACUGGUAUUACUGUUGCUGGACAGACAAAUUAUUCACUUCACCGACCGUACGAUGUUAAAGUCGACGAUAACGGUUUUAUCUAUAUCGCCGAUACGAUCAACCAUAGAGUUCUUCGAUGGAAAGAAGGAGAAUCUGAAGGAGAAGUUCUGUGUGGCAUUUCAAGUGAAUCCGGCAAUUCGGCAUUGCACCUGGACCGACCUAAAUCGUUCACAUUUGACUUCGAAGGAAAUCUCUAUGUCGCAGACAUCGGCAACAAACGAAUACAAAAAUUUUCUAUCGAUAACAGCCGCUGUCUUCAACCUGUAAAAUCUGAAUUUCCAAACGAUCAGUGGGCAACUUUUCAUCAACGGUUGCAUGCAUCUAAAGUCAAACUGAAGAACAACGAGUACCUUGGCAUGGGUUAUAAUCCACUGAAAAAUUCUCCUAUAUGUUAUUCAGAACAGUGUAACAGGAAAUAUUUUGGUCUGCCUGUUUUCAAACUCAAAUAUUCCGAUUCACCCAAGAAGACUUGUGUAAACAAACCAAUACCUGAAAAGAUAAAAGUCGAAUGCAUACAUUCGCAAAAAUCGAAUAUCGAAACACAAACUAUUAGCACACUGCGGGAUCUACAAGAAAAUACAAGAAAGUCAGUGGAAUUUAUCAGUAGUUCGACAUUCAGUGCAAAACAUAUCGAUAAUUCUUUUUCUUAUGCAUAUUCGCGAGAAAUACAUUCUCUGAUUGAUACACUUAUCAAAGAUAAUUCCAUCAUACUCUACACUUCGCUCAAUCAAUCAUCGGUUCGUCUUUCGAUGAAUGAGUCAAUAUUUGAUUUAUCGGACGAUUUUCGUUUCGUAAUUGCGAACAUGCCAUGCUGUGAAUUCAAUGAAACAAUUGAAAAUUACAUUCGUGAAUUUAUUCUUGGAUAUUUCGGCUAUACGUAUAUUAGAAAUGUUCAUCUCGGUGGAAUUAUACAGCAAACGAUUAUCAUCACGGAGAACAAUCGUAAGAUAUUGGAGCAGCAUGGAUUCAAUACGUCCAAUGAAACUUGGUUAAUAGAUGUUGCGAAAGAGAUCUUUUCACUUCAAUCAAAGGCUCAUCAAACCGAAAUAUCGACUAACAAUUACGUUAGAUACUUUACCAAAGGUAAUAUGAAAAUAUUGGGUGGUAAUACUUCAAAAAAUUCACUCGAAGAAUGGUUCAAGUCAAUACCACAAAGUUCUGUGGUUGUAAAAAUGGACAUUUCUAGUAUUUUCGAUCUACUAACAAAUAAGACUUUUCCCUUCGAUCCUUAUAUUCAUCAGAAAGUUGCAUUGAUCAGAUCCGCUGUAGAUCGAUAUCUAUCGAAUCCUGUAUAUUGUUAUGAUCGGUGCACGGAUGCAGCACACGGAACCUGUGUCGACAGUGGUUUCUUCCAAUUUGGAAUUUGCCAGUGCCAGUUGGGAUGGACAGGUUUUAACUGUGCCACUCCUAUCCAUCGCUUCAUUGAUAUAUUGAACACCAGUAAUCUAUCACCGGUUUGGAAUACGAAAGCAGGCAGAAAGAGUCAUUCAACAACAACUGGCUUUGGAAAAGGACAAAUGCCUUCGAACGAAACAGUUAAUAAUAUUUUCGAUCACAAUAUCUACACAAAAUAUACGAGUUUUGGGCCAAGUUCACCUGAUGCUAUUAGUGUAAGAAGUGGCCUAAAUACUGGCUUUCAUGUCACACUUGAUGCUGGCAUUUGCAUUGUAACUGGAUUUCGAUUUUCGACUGCUAUUGACCAACCAAAGCGAGAUCCGAUAUCGAUUACUCUCGAAGGAAGUAACGUGGAUAGUUCGUCGUUGACACUUGGUAAAAGCUGGACACUGUUGUACAAUGGAUCGAGUGGACUCGAUACAGAUCCAGGCCGAGGUAAAGUCGGUACUCUUCAAAGAUUCAGCAACGAUCGAUUUUACCGACACUAUCGAGUGCUUGUCGUAUCCAAAAGAGGAUUGAACAAUGGUGUACACUAUUCAGAAUUUCAAUUCUAUGGUCAUUCAUGUUUACCAGAAACUCAUAUACGAACAAGAAACAUGAGAAUGACGGUCAUGCAUGUGACCAGUGCAUAUAUGAAGGUUACUAACGACCAACCGUUUCCGCUGAUUCUAAUCACAUCGUCGAAUAUGAAUAUGAAAGAUACAUUUCCUAGUCAAACUAUUGGAGCGGGCAGAUCGAGUCCCUUGUCAUUCAUUAGUACAGGAAGAGAAAUGACUCAGUCAUACUUUGAUAUCGCAUACGGUUCCAGCACAAUCAAAAUCAACAUCGGACAAGUUAACUAUGUUACCAAUGCAAGUUUCUUUGGGCCAGCAGGUCACACAGGAGGAUUGCUUGCUCCUACUAAGCCAUUCAGUCAGGAUACCGAUUACACAUUCUACUUCUUUGGUGGACCUGGUGUCUUACCACCGUUAAUCAAUAGUUUUAUUGCAGCUAAUCUACCAGCUUUGGUUGCAUACGUGUCUGCAAAUCCAGUUCAGUUCAACUUAAAUAAUGACAUUCAACUAGUUAUCAAUCAACUUGAUCUCACUCCGCAAUCAGUUCAUUGCAACUACGCCUCAUUGUCACCAACUGAACACUACAGUAUACGCAAUCAGCAAUGGCGUGCCACUACGAUCUUGAGCUUGAGUGGCAAGAUAUCUGGAUCCAUCCUGUACCAUAGUAUGAAGAUAAAUUUUAACUUCACUAUUAGCAAUGGUUCGGUGUUGAUACAAGCGAUAGUCAAUACGAAUGAUUUACAAACCUUUUCGUGCGCAGUAACCAAUCUGGCAUUCUCUGUUCAGAGUUUCAGUAUCAACAAGGAUCUACUAAGUCUCCUUCAAACAUUCUUCUCUGCAUGGUACCAAUUGAUUGAUACACCGUAUCACUUAGCAAGCACCCUUAAUAUCAAAUAUAAUCAGAUCAUCAUCGACAGACUCAAUGCAGCAAUUAACAAACUUUUAAAUAAAACUGUGACGAUCGAUGACGCAGCCAGAAAGAAACCUAUAUCUAUUAGACCUUCACUAGAUAGCACUGAUAAAAUCGAAGAAAGAAAAAUCGAUUACAGUCGUUGGAUGUCCAAUCCGCGAAUACAGUCGAAAACGUUAUCACAACUGAAAAUUCCGGGCACUCACAAUUCCGGAUCUUAUGGAUUAACGCGAAAACUCUCGCAGAUCAUUUACAAAAACAUCGAAUUUCUCUGGAAUUUAAGUGCCGAUCCUGCACCUACAAACGGCCAUUUACCAUUCAAUAAAGACAAGAUCUAUGUGGGACAUGCAUUAUUAAAUUACAUUGUUGAUACCACACUUCGAACAGCUAUUUCGCAGAAUCGAACCAUUCGACAGCAACUGGACGACGGUGUGCGAUUCUUUGAUUUGCGAAUCUACUAUGAUACAGACGGAUCGUUCUAUAUCCAGCAUGCAUUGCGCGGUCCUGAGCUGAAUGAUAUUCUUGUUCAAGUAAGAAGUUUUCUCGAUGCACAUUCAACAUCCGGCGAGCUAAUAUUUCUCUCCAUUUCACAUACUAAUUUUGGUACUGAUCCCGAAAAGCUGCCAUCUCGAGUGGCAUCAAUCAUCCAGAACCAUCUCAAGCCUUACCUUUACAUGCCUGCAAAUUCGGCUGGAACUAAGAAUUUUGAUUUUCAAAGCUUGCGUAAUAUGACUCUUACUUCUAUUACUACUGAUUCGUAUCGUACAUCACCCAAAGUUAUGAUUUUGAAUACUGACAAGUCGGAUAAGUAUUACUACAAGGAUACGGUUAUCAACACUGAAGGAUUCGCAGAUUCGGGAAGAUGGACAAUUAACUCGAAUGGCGUCAAUAGUCAUAUGGACUUGAUUGAACUCGAACGCCAAGGAUUGAAGAAGAACACAAAAUCUAUGUAUCAUAUUAGUUGGAUACAGACUCCACAGGCGGCAGAUAUUAUUCAGAAUGUGAUCAAUCAUUUGACUGGAAACACAUCAAAAAUGUUACUUAAACAACUGGCCUUAGAAACUAAUUCUGCAUUGCCGAACUUUCUCAAAAAUCAUACUAUGGCCACAUUCAAUUUAGUUACGAUAGACUGGUAUGAUAUUAGUUCAACAACUAAUCCCGUUGACAUUAUCAUUGAACUGAACUAA